AUAACUGAAGUCCACCGGCGGGUGCAGCAGCAGCCGUCAGACUCCACACUACACAGACAUGUCCUUUAACAUCUAAUCUGACUGUUCAGAGAUCAGCAGGGCCAGCUCCCGCCCCGAGGCUGCUGGAACAAAGCCGUUUCCCCACACACAUACACACACACACACACACACACACACACACACACACGCGGAUCUGGGAGCCCAGGCACAGGGGAUGAUGCUGCAGGGGUCAGUAGACAGCAGUGGCUCCAGGUUCAGUCCUCUGGUGGUGCUGGAGCUGGCCUCAGACACCAAGGAGGAAGCCAUUGCAUGGCUACUGAGCAGGAUAAGAGACAAACAGCAGAAUGGAGGUGCUGAGCUGCUGGUGGAGCAGCUGGGCCCUGGGGCCGGGGCACAGGAGAAGGAAAACCCCAACAUGUUUCUGGUGGGAGCUACGCAGCAGAGGCUGCUCUCCGGUGCUGAGGAGGUGGGGCUCUUCAAGGAGUUCAAUGAUGGAUCCAUGAGAGGCUUCACCUGCGCCAACAAACACAACUUCACAGACUUUAAAGGGGACGGGGACAGCUUCCUUAGCAUGGCUGAGUGUCAGUACAUCAUUAAGCACGAGCUGGACACAUUAAGAGCCAAAGAUGAGACUCAUGUACCAGGACACACCCAGGCCAAGCUCUACCCGGGGAAAUCCAUCAUUCGCAGACUGCAGUCCAAGGGAAUCCUGGUCCAGAUUUUUCCUCUGCACGAACAGGAGGAACUGAAGAGACUGUCUUUUUCUUGGUACAAAAAGGUGAAGUUGUCCUUUCAACCUCUCGAUAACAUCAGACACUAUUAUGGUGAGGGUCUGGCCCUCUACUUUGGCUUCCUGGAAUACUUUACCUUUGCCCUGGUGCCUAUGGCUCUCAUUGGAGUGCCUUACUACGUGUUUGACUGGGAGGACUACGACAAAUAUGUUGUCUUUGCUGUGUUCAACUUGGUCUGGUGCACUGUUAUUUUAGAGUUAUGGAAGCGUUGCAGCGCCUCACUAGCUUACCAAUGGGGCACACUGAGCAGGAAGAAGGCCUUUGAAGAGCCCCGUCCCGGUUUCCACGGCGUCCUUGGGUUCAACCCCGUGACGGGCCGUGAGGAGCCUCUCUACCCCAACGCCAAGAGGCAGCUGCGCAUCUACCUCGUGUCCCUGCCCUUCGUCCUGCUCUGCCUCUACCUGUCCCUCUACGUCAUGAUGAUCUACUUUCAGAUGGAGGGAUGGGCACUGUCAAUCCACGACGAGGACCCCACAUUCUGGACGGGAAUUCUGUUAUUCAUCCCCAGUAUUAUCUACGCUGUGGUCAUAGAGAUUAUGAACCUCAUCUACAGAUACGCUGCUGAGUUCCUCACUGAGUGGGAAAAUCACAGACUAGAGUCUUCAUAUCAGAAUCACCUGGUCCUCAAAGUAUUAGUAUUCAACUUCUUCAACUGUUUCGCCUCACUCUUCUACAUCGCCUUUGUGAUGCAGGACAUGGUGCUGCUCAGACAGAGUCUGGCCACAUUGCUGAUCACCAGUCAGAUCUUGAAUCAGUUCAUGGAGGCCUUCCUGCCUUACUGGCUUCAGAGGAGACGCAACAAGAAGUUGAUCCGCAAAGUCCAGAAGAGACAAACUCUGGGCGACAAAGAGCUUCCUCUGGCCGAGCAGGUCCGACUGGAGGCUGACAUGAGCACGUACCUGGGUACGUUUGACGACUACCUGGAGCUGUUCCUGCUGUUCGGUUACGUCAGUCUGUUCUCCUGCGUCUACCCUCUGGCUGCCGUGCUGGUGGUAUUGAACAACAUCACAGAGGUUUACUCUGAUGCCUUCAAGCUGUGCCGUGUGUUCAAACGACCCUUCUCAGACCCGGCAGCAAACAUAGGAGUCUGGCAGCUCGCCUUUGAGGCCAUGAGUGUGAUAGCUGUUGUGACCAACUGUGCGCUGAUCGGCAUGUCUCCACAAGUCAAGGCUUACUUCCCCGAGUCAGAGACACAGCUCAUACUGUGGACAGUGGCCAUUGAGCAUGGGCUGCUGGCCUUCAAGUUCAUCCUGACCGUCGUCAUCCCAGAUGUCCCCAAACACAUCCAGAUCAAACUGGCCCGCCUGGAGUUUGAGUCUCUGGAGGCUCUCAAGAAAAAGAGACAGGUCCAUGGAGGAAAAUGCUCGAAGCCUCGGAGCUCAGUAAGGGGGUCCAGUGAGGAGGAGAGGAGGGCCUGCAGAUACUGACGGGCCACCGCUUCACGCAGCUUUAACAGAUUUAUUGUUUACGCACAUUCACAUGUAUGUAUUAAGAUAAUAUUUUUGGAGUUUGUGUGUGUGCUGUUUAUCUGCAAUAUCUUCACUGCAUCAGUUAACGGUGGAAAGCGGGCAAACGCUGGUUUACUCUCCCAAGAGCUGAAUAGUAGACCACUGUUUUAGACACCUAGCUGUGUACCAGAUGUGUAAUGUUGGUCUUUAAAUGAGAUAUACUGUAAUGAGAUUUUAUCUAGGGGUGGUGUGUGGGAUUAAUAGUGGGAUACAUUUAGUAAAAGCCAGGUGUCAAAUCACAGAAGAAUGCUGUAUUAUAACAUACUCCCCUGUAGCAAAUAUUGACGUUAUAUCCUGACUGUUAAUGAAAGUUCCGUUUUAUAUGUGUUCUGUUCUCAGCCACUGAAGUCACUUUGGGUUGGGGUUAAUCAGUACUACGGUUUGGGAUUAUGUAAUGUUUAAAGUUUGUCCACCUUCAGUUAUUAUUACUAAUGAGUUCUAACCAUGCAGGGUGAUGGUGCACACAGUAAGAAAAGCUUCACCAAAGCCUCCAUAUAAUCAUUCACUGGCUUAAAUAACAGUUCAACUGAUGCUGCUCUCUUAGUAUUAAAGCUGCUUGUUAUUGGACGACAUCCUGUAUUCUCAGUUCUACACUAUGGAAGCAAAUAAUGGCCAUAAAGAUUUAAAUCUCACAUCACCUAAUGUUUUUUAGUCACUACUAAAUACCACUGAAUUCACAGCACUGGAAUAUUUUGCUUCUACCAUCUAUCUGCAUUUGAAAGUUUUUGGGGGUUAUUUGAAGUGGUGGAACUUGAAACAGCUUGUUUAAGAUUUACAACUUCAGUGUUCCAAUAUAAAAAUAAAAAGCUGUCGAGUUGAUCAAACUCUUCAUUUUCAGAUCUGAAGAUUGAACUCAAACCAAAAGAUUCAAUUUUCAGGCUGCCAAGAAAAAGCAGUGAAAAUGGAAACCUGGACACUCGAUUUAAACUUGUGAGGAGCAAAACUUUAAAUUCUCUUCUGGCAACUUCAACCAGACGAACUCAGAUAGAUAAUAAACUAUUUCAUGCAGUGAUUUCAGUGGUGUUUUAAUUUCAACAGUAAGUAUUCAGUAGAGAUGAAAUAAUGUUGCUUUUUUAAACUUCCAUAGAAAAGAGAUCAUGACAACUGUUGAUUUUGUUGGGCUGUCUAAUCUUAGCAUGUGACAUGACCAGGGUUAUUGCCGUAUAACUAGUAUCAGUAAGUAAAACUUAAAGUAUGUUACUUGACUUGAAGUUAAACUCAUAACACCCCUGGUGCCUUGAAAUGCAAUGAAUAUCUAUUUGUUUUUAUACACACACAAUCUGCUGGUAUUUACCUAAUGUAUUGAAACUGUUGUGGAGAAUAAAGUAGAUGGAAACCUUAAA